AUGUCUCCAUGUUCGACAUCUCGAAUCACGAGCAGAGCCUAUGCUACGCUGAAAGCAAGGACUGCCCCCAUUCUCCGCACGCAACGAGAUCCACCACGCUCCUCACCUGCAUCCGCACCUGCACCUCCUCCACCGCCUGGCUGGACGCCCUCACCCUCCCUACGCCGUACCGCCCGCAUCUUAGCAUGGAGCACCAAUGUCCUUGCAGGUCUAUGUGCCAUAACCUUUAUCCGCGACAACAUCCUGCGCAUCGACGUGAUCCGCGGAGCCUCCAUGGCGCCAACCCUCUCUCCCACAGUCCACGAGACCGGCGUUGAAGACUGGGUUGUCAUUGCACCGGUGCGCGAGCAGCCACCCAAAGUCCAAUACAAAGAGGGGAGAGCGUACGUCGAGGACAGCGAACAGAAGGAGGGCGAAGGCGUGCGGAGGGGAGACGUUGUAACGUUUUGGAAACCGCACAGGCCUGAAGAGAUCAGUAUCAAGAGGGUGGUUGCGCUACCGGGGGACAUUGUCUAUCCUAAGCGCGGGUAUGCGCUCGAUCCUGAGACUGUGCGCCGGCCUCGUAGUCAUAACUUGGACGGGCUGCCUGAAGCAGAUGAGGAUGCAAUUGGUGGAGAGCUGCAAGACUUGGACCUGGGGAAGGUGGUCGUGCCGUAUGGGCACGUGUGGGUCGAGGGAGACAAUUGGCGCAAUAGUUUUGACAGUAGGGAUUUUGGACCAAUUGCCAAGGGACUGAUUGAAGGGCGGGCAGUGAAAAUUUGGAGGGGAUGGGCAGAUUGGAGGGAUGUUGGGGACGAGCGGGAGAAGAAAGGGAGGAGUCAAGUUGUGAGGGGUAAGGGAGAGGUACCCAAAGUGUUUCUGGAGUGA